AUGGCGUCAACUUCAGUGAGGCAUGAUGGCCUCAUUGCUGACAAGCCUCCGCCUUCGUGGAAGCGAGCAACAUCGUACAUCAAAGUGAGCGCGGACACUGGCUCCUCUCCUGACGGGGAUUCACAGCUCCUUGCUCUCGGUACCGGCCGGCUGACCUCCCCUCGAGCCACAGUGAAGGUGCCACACCUGCAAUCGCCUCCCCAAGAACCCAUGGCCAGGCAGAAUUCCACGCCGCCAACCUCUCCAGUCAAGAACGCACGUGAUGACAGCAUGCAGGCAAGCCUGCACCUCAAUCCAAGCCCGCCCCGCAUCCAAGACAUGCAUGAGGAUUGCCUGCCUCGGGCGGCGGCCACGCCCAGGACGCCGCGGCUGCCGCCGCCGCCGCCAUCAGCCGCCAGCGAGACGACGCCAGAGGUCGCCACGGAGCGGCAGGACUCGCUGACGGCGCCCCCCUCCGCCGGUGGCAGCUCCCACCGCAGGACCACCUCCUGGGGGGGCAGCCCCACCGCCUCAGGGAGGCAGCCUCACCGCCGCAGCCGCUCGAUUGAGACGCUGGGGCCGGGCGGCGAUGCGCGCGAAGCAUACCGAAUGCAGCUGGAGCGCAUCGGAUCCAUGGACAGAAACUCCGACACCGGCAGCAAGGCGUCCACUCCCCGGCGAGUGUCUGUGUCGGUGCCGCCGGCGGAUGCGCCUGCAGGUGGGACCAGUCAGCGCAGGCCCUCCCUGCCCUCGCCCCUCAAGCUGGCCACCACAGCCGACCGCUCGCGCUUGCCCUUGCAGGUCAAGGUGACCGCGCCGGGGGGCGCAACUGAGCCGGAGCUGAUCAGCUGGGAUGAGGUGGAAGCACAGAAAGAUGUGUACGAGGCUGUUACCACUGCCGACGGCCGCCAAGCCCUGGUCAAGGCCGCACCAGGCAAGCAGGCGGCGGAGGAGGUCCUGUUCCUGGAGGAGGCCCCUCCGGUGGCGGCGGCGGCUGCUGGUGCGGCGCCUGUCGGCUACGCGCUGGCUGGCGCUGUGCCGAUGGUGGCCGUCCCUGUGCGCUACCCGGACGGCCGCGUCAUGUACCAUGUCUAUCCCGUAGCCCAACACGCGGCACAGGGCAAUGGCGCGCUGUCUCCAACGGCGUCUCCUCAAGUGCUGUCCCCGGUCAGGGCCGUGCAGCAGCAGCAUUCCGUCUCGUCCCCGCACUUCCCUGGGUCGCCUGCUUUCUCGGCUGGAUCACCUGUGCCUUCAGGUCACGUGCGCCGGGGGUCUCUGGGAUCUCUCUCGGCGCCGUCACCGCUGCGCACCGGAUCCGCCGUUCCCUACUCCGGCACGUUCGCGUCCAGCUUUGCGGCAGCUGCCUCGGUGGCUUCAACGACGCCGUCAUCCCCGGUCAGCUUGGGGCAGCUUCAGGCGGCUUCCUCCGGGGCCCUGUCUCCCGCCAUGUCCCACUCCAACUCUGGACACCUCAUCGCGACGGCUGUGAGCGGCGCGGCAGCGUUCGGCGCCAUGUCUCCUGCCGGGUCCGGCCACCUGUACGGCUCCCCGCCGCCUGUUCAGGCCUACACCGCUCCACAGCACGGCUAUGCUGCGCAGGCCUGCUCGCCGCGUCAUGAGGGGCUGUACCAGCAGAUGGCUUCCAUGCAUCUUGGCUCUGCAGCGGCGAAGGAUGACCCGUUCGGCGGGUCUGCUGUUUGGGGCAGCUGA